GUAGAAAUGCUUAUACUCACAUGAUUAUAUCUAAUUGCAGACACUUUAAAUGAACUGUCUGUUUACGCGGCCCCUAUGAAAGAGUUUGCACAUGGACUUGUUUAAGACAUAUACUAAGAAGAUCCUGGAUUCAUGGACAGCUUUGAGACUUGGUCUAAAUGAAGAGUCUGGAGGCCCAAAUACCCAGCAAAAAGUGGGAUUACUAUAUGAACAUUUACCCCAGGUCGUCUCGAAGUUUAAACACGAGGACGAAAUAACUGACUUUUUGGAAGAUUAUUUAGAUGAUGAAUUAAAUAUUAUUUGUGAAGACAACUCUCACGAAGAAGUCGCACAAUUGAUAUACGAGGGACUCGUCCUUUUUAGAAAUAAAAACACAACCGAACUUCAGGAUAAAAUAAACAAACUGACUGCUGGUUGUAAUCUUAGUCAAUGUCAAUCCCAAGUCCAUCCUGCUGAUGAAGACGACUUGACCUGCAGUGAAUCAGAAUCGAAAAGUGAGGAAGAUAUUGACAUGGAUUAAGAGGUUUCUUCUAAUCAUGUAUAAUACCUCCGUGUACAUAUUAGUUUACUUUGAUUUUGUAAUAUUGCAGUUUCUUUUCUUUUA